GAUCAAGUUAGUUACACUUCCGAAAAGAAGGAGUCCAAGCGGCAAAGUAGGAGCAGCAGAGGCUUGCUCAAAGAUGACAGCCGUUGCUAUCUCUCCUGCUUCUCAUGGAAUUAUUCAAGUAGUUAACGAAAGUAACUUACUUAAAAUAGAAAGUUUUCUCAAUGACACAGCGUAUAGGGAAGCCAUUGAAAAUUCGUCGAAUUAUAACAGUCGAUUAUGCAGAGAAAGGAGGUUACGUAUGCCUUUCCUGGACUCACAGACAGGAGUAGCGCAGAAUCAUUCUACGCUUUUCAUGUCCUCGAGAGAAAGGUUACCGGGAUUAUUACACGGACAAAUUUAUACGUAUCCAAGCAAACGAUGGAGGAAAAAGCGGCGUCAGUAUUUAAUGCACUAUUUACAUCCAAAACGUGGACCAAGAGGUGACACAGAAGAUGGAUCUGAAGGUGUAGAAACUAUAACACAUGUCAAUGAUGAUAGUAAAGAAUCAGUCGGACUUAAAGAUGAACAUAGUAAAGAUGCAUGGUAUUACGAUGAACAAGAUAUGUUGGAUAUGGAUGCUUACGAAGAACCUGAUCCAGAUAGUGAUUAUGAUUACGAAGAAAGUUACAGUAGUAAAAGGAAAAGAAGAAAACACCGAGGUGGUGGUCAUCAUCCUGCCAGAAGUCAUCCACCAACCACAGAUAGUCCUGGGACCAAACGUACAAAGGGUGGGGGACGUGGCCGUAAGAAAACUAACUAUGAUGCUGUUGACUCCGAUAAGCCAUUCGUUUGUGACCUAUGCAGCGCACGGUAUAAAACCAGACCUGGUCUGGUCUACCAUUAUGGUCAUUCCCACUCUACUUCCUCUGGUGAUCCUGCUAAGGAACUAAGUCCCAGUCCUGCCGAAGUUGAACCUAGGAGCGUUGCAGACACCGCUGCUUCGAACCAGCCAGGUGGUACACGUCGGGGUCGACAGAACACUACUACCUCGAGUACCUCGAGUCCCUCUCCCGCAGCACCAGCUGCCCCUGCUGCGGGAGCCGCAACGCAGCCGCAACAACCAGCACAAUUACCACCAGCUCAGACGCCCAUCGCACCAACAUCGCCUACUAUACCACCACCUAAGGAAGAUCAUCUACCUGCAGUAUCAUCUCCUGGUGGUACCGCUGUACCUUCUCCUUCCUCAGUUAGACCCGAGGGUGGACCACCAACACCUGGACCUGCUGAGAAAAAGCCUGGAAAAUCCGCGCAACCCUCUCCCUACUGUGACUUUUGUUUGGGCGAUGCAAGAGAGAAUAAAAAAACUGGUGGAUCAGAGGAAUUGGUCUCUUGCAGUGAUUGCGGUCGCUCAGGGCAUCCAACAUGUUUGCAAUUCACUGCGAACAUGAUCGUUUCUGUUCGCAAGUACAGGUGGCAGUGUAUCGAAUGCAAAUGUUGCUCCAUAUGUGGCACUUCUGACAACGACGAUCAGCUGCUGUUCUGUGACGACUGUGAUCGUGGAUACCACAUGUAUUGUCUGUCUCCACCUCUCGCAUCUCCUCCUGAGGGCUCCUGGUCUUGCCGUCUGUGCAUAGCAGAAUUUCAUCGCCGUGAUUAAGUCUGAUAUCGUAGAUAAGUCACGCGGUUCUCUAUCUAUCGCUGUGUGGUGCGACUACGGUUGUCUUUGAAUUAGGAGAGUAUUCUUUAGACAUCCCCUCCUUAAUCGCCCAACUCAAUUGCCCCCAUCCUCACCGUAUCUCCACCCCGCAUCCUAAUUCCCCACCCUCGACUCGGCUCUAUUUCCAUAUGUAUAGUAUUAUCGUAGAUUUCAACGAUUUAUAUCAUCAACCAAGAAUUCUUAUCGAUUCUUAUCAAAACAACAAAAGAAGAGAGAUUUUAUUCCUAUACGAGAUGAUAUGUAUAUUGAAACAUUUGCCAUUCUUUUCUUUUCUUUUUCUCUUUCUUUUUUUUUUUUUUUUAAUUAUUUUUUGUUUGCCUUUUUUUUUUUUUUUUUUUUUUUAACUGUAUUCAUAAGAAAGAACGAUUAGAGAAAGAGAAUUUUAUACGUAGCUUCGCUGUUUAUUAGAAAUACAUCUCUCAGGCACUGGUGGAUCUCAGAAAGUUAAAAAUGUAAUAAAUGUAUUUAUGGUUUCUUUUUUUUUCUUUUCUUCUUUUUUUAUCUUUUUUUUUUUUUUUUUUUUUAAUAAGGUAGUUCUUACAAAUAGUUAUAUAAGCUUCUCUCAUAAAACAGACCAUGAAACAUAGGUCCUACGAGAAAACGGACAAAGAGAUUAAUUGUUUUAAGUGAAAUAAUAGGAGGGCGAUAUAUAUAUGUAUAUAUGUAUGUAUGUAUGUAUGUAUAUUUCUGUCCAAAUAUUUCAACUUAAAAUAAUACGUGAAAAUAUGACAAAUGUAUUUUUUUUAAUCGUUUUUAGAACUCGAACACAUAUAUAAUAGACUCUAUAUAUUGAAUGCUGUAACAAAAUGACAAGAAUUAGUUUUAAGUAAAAUGAUGAUUAAUAGAACGAUGCUCUCCUAGUUCUGGGUCAAUCUAUAUUUAGCCACUGACACUUAAUAUGUUUUGGUUGCUUUUACAAUUUUAAACGAAAUGAAACGAAACGAAACGAAACAAGAAAAAAAAAGAAGAACAAAUCAAGAUAAUGCUUAAAAAUUCAACAAAACUUUUUGGUGAUCUCAAAUUUUCAUACUAACUCUUAGCUCCUCGCUAUUAACUUGGAUUUAUAAAUCCAAGUAUCAUGGAAGAUGCAAAAGUAAAGUAAAGUAAAGCAAAGUAAUGGAAAAAAAAAAAAAAACAAUGAUAUUCUAGAAAGAAAAAAAAUAAAAUAAAAUAACACAAUACAUGAUAUUAUAAAUAUCUGUUUCGUAAAUAGUGAUAAAUAGGAACAUUCUCUGUUUAUCUGUACGUAUCAUGAUAUUCAAGCUUUUACACUUAUUGACAUAGCCAUUAGUAGCAGCAUAGCUAUGAGAUACAGACUUACGGUUCUGCAACAAAAAGAAAAAAGAAAAAAAAAGAUCGAAAAAGAAAAAAAAAUUAUAUUGUAUAUGCCCGUUUUUCUCCGUCAUUAUAUCUCAGUAUUUUUAUAUUUUAUAUCUUCAGUGUACUUAAUUUAAGAUACUGUGGUGAUAUUUGGUAUUCUCAACAGUAUGAAAAUACUUUUCUCUUCUUUCUUUUCUUUUCUCUUUCUAUCUCUUUCUUUUCUCUCUCUCUGUCUCUCUCUCUCUCUCUCUCUCUCUCUCUCUCUCUCUCUCUUUCUCUCUCUCUCUCUCUCUCUCUCUCUCUCUCUCUCUCUCUCUCUCUCUCUCUCUCUCUUUCUCUCUUUCUUUUUCUUUUUUUACUUCGUAAUGCUAUGGCAGCCUAAUCAUAUGGAAUUGUAUGUUAGCUACAUCACUAAAAUAUGAGCAAUCGAUAUUUCAGUUUUUUCUUAUUCAUUAAAGAUCAUAAAUUUACACUUUA